UCACAAUGACGUCACCGCGUAGACUGUGAUGGCGGAUGUUACCGAGAUCGACACGAUGAAACACUUCCACGGAGGUUUCGAGAAAAUCGACAAAGAAAUGAGCCGUUAUCCGCACUGCAUCGUCUGGACACCGAUUCCGGUUCUGACCUGGUUCCUGCCAUUCAUAGGGCACAUGGGCAUAUGCACAUCCACCGGUGUGAUCAGGGAUUUCGCUGGUCCUUACUUCGUAUCAGAGGACAACAUGGCGUUUGGAAAACCAACAAAGUACUGGAGGCUGGAUAAGAAUAAAGUGUAUGGCGGUGGAGCAAACGCCUGGGAUAUGGCCGUGCACGAGGCGUCUGAGGAAUACAAAACUAGAAUGCACAAUCUGUGUUGUGAUAACUGCCACUCUCAUGUGGCCAUGGCUCUGAACCUCAUGCGCUACGACAACUGCUCCUCGUGGAACAUGGUCAAACUCUGCUUACUGUCCUUCAUCCACAGCAAACAUGUCAGCUUUGUGGGGUUCCUGAAGACCUGGCUGCCGUUCAUGAUGAUUUGUGGGGUCAUAGUCACCAUCGCCCUUGCUGUCAACCUGCGAUGACGGAGGUUGGAUGACAGGAGCAUCAAACACAGAGAGAGAUGUUUAACGGUCGUACAGGGCAUAUCAGGAUCAUUAUGAGCCACGGCUACAAGAAGCAAAUCUGAACCUGAACUUUAAUCAUGCGUCUGUACGACAUUAGAUUGCUUCUGCUUGGAGAUUCAGUCUGACUGGUUGGGAAUACAGAGACCUUUUUGCAUCUAGUGACACGCAGACUAUUAGUGACAUUGUAAGUGAAUUACAGGGACCUUUUCCAUUACUGCUUACAUAAGCUUUUGCAUUUGAUAUAUUUGUAAUAUAAUUGCAUACAUGGAUG